CGGGGAUCAAGUGUAAGCCAAGUCGCAAUUUGAGCGAGUACUCAGUCACAGACAUCUCGGCAGUUGUAUUUUGCUGCCAGGCCUCCGUCGGAAAGUCGCCGUCAUAUCCGAGAAUCUUCCAACUCGGUUCCUUUCGACCUCCUGGCUAAUUGCUCCCUACCAGCGGUGGCCAUCAUGUGUCCUAUGUUUCUCAUCGCUCGCGGAACCUGGCUAGGCAGAGCCCCUGCGAACAGAGCCACGACCGGAAUCGCAGCCGAACAUUUCUCCUUCGUACCUGAGGUUUUCGGCAGAUGAAUCACUGUGAACAAGCCCCAUGGGGAAGACUCCUACUCCAAUCUGACAGCAAAUGCCUUCCCCACAUCAAUGCUGGUGGAAGACUCCGCAUACAGUUCAUGCCAGAGACAUUGCCUGUUUAGCCCCACGAUGCUGAUCAUUGAUCGAUAUUAAGGGCAGUGAGUAUAUCCUGAGAGCUCAUUUCUCAUCGUAGACGCAAACAGCCCUCGGUCCAGUACUUCAAGAGCAAGAGAAACAACCUAGGGUACACAAGACAUACUCACGCAUACAAUCAGGAAAAAUGGGUUCCAUGUCACAUAUGAAGUUGCGGCGGGCUCCUCUGAAGAAUUCUGGGUCUAUCGACCACCUCGAAUAUGUCGACGUGACACCCAUCAUCGGGCGUGAAUACCCCACGGCUAAACUCAAGGACAUGCUGAACGCCCCUAAUUCCGACGAUCAGAUUCGAGAUCUUGCCAUUACUAUCUGUGAACGCGGUGUUGUUUUCUUUCGCGCGCCCCAAGACGAUUUAUCUGUCGAGGAGCAGAAAAAGAUUACCUAUCUCUUGGGCAAGUUGACAGGCAGACCUGAGGACCAUGGCUUGCAUGUACAUCCUCUUUACAAUGAUCCCAACAACAUUCCCAUGGCAGACGGGACAACAGACGAGAACAUCUAUGUUAUCAACUCGGAAGCCAUGAAGAAACUAUAUGCGACGAUGAAGAAUCGACCAAACAGCUCGACCGAGCCAAAAGACUUGAGCCGAGAAUGGCACAGUGAUUGUCUCUUCGAGGAAUGUCCAGCGGACUUCAGCUUCUUGCGCAUGCAAGAUACACCACCAUCUGGCGGAGAUACUCUUUGGGUCUCUGGCUAUGAACUCUAUGACCGCCUCUCCCCACCUUUCGCCGCUUUCCUCGAGACCCUGACCGCCACCUGUGCUCAACCUGUCUUCAAAUCUGCAUCCGACGCUGGUGGCUACGAGCUCAUGUCCCCCCGCGGCUCGCCCUUGAAUGUCGGCGAUAAAUUCGCCCCCGUGCACCCAGUUAUUCGCACCCAUCCAGUCACAGGGUGGAAAUCUCUCUUCGCAGGCGUCGGAUUACAUGUCACACGCAUCAACGAUGUCUAUAACUAUGAGGACCAGAUUAUCCGCGACUAUGUCCUCAGGCUUAUCACGCGCAAUCACGACAGUGUGGCGAGAAUGCAUUGGACCAAGCAGGCUUGUGCCAUCUGGAGCAACGCAUGCACUUUGCAUGCCGCAACGCCCGAUACUCAUUUGGUAGACGGAGUCAGAGUGGGUGUGCGUGCAUCGGGUGUAGGCGAGAGGCCGUAUCUUGAUCCCGCCUCUACGGGAAGAAGAGAAGCGAUCGGUUUGCCGAAGAACUAAAGGGACGUGACAGUCCGUCCGCCGACGGACUGGAGACAACCAGAAACCACUCGCGACCAGACAGAUACUGG